CAAAGUCAUCACACAAGGCUUAAAGCACUACAAGCUCUCUCUGCCUCUCUCUGCCUCCUUUCAUUUCAGAUUUCUAGGGUUUUUCAUUCAGAGAGCAACGAGGAACCGAAGCCGCCGCGUUAUCUCACAAUGGCGAGGAUCAAAGUACACGAGUUGAGGAACAAGACAAAGGCAGAGCUGCUGGCUCAGUUGAAGGACCUCAAAGCUGAGCUCGCUCUUCUCCGUGUCGCUAAGGUCACUGGUGGUGCACCCAACAAGCUCUCCAAGAUAAAGGUAGUGAGGCUUGGAAUAGCGCAAGUGUUGACAGUGAUAUCGCAGAAGCAGAAAUCAGCUCUUAGGGAGGUCUACAAGAACAAGAAAUACAUCCCUCUCGAUCUUCGUCCCAAGAAAACCCGUGCUAUCCGCAGACGCCUCACCAAGAAACAGGCAUCUUUGAAGACAGAACGUGAGAAGAAGAAGGAGAUGUACUUUCCAUUGAGGAAGUAUGCUAUCAAAGUGUAGGCUAGGCCUCUAGGGUCUACUUUUCCUAAUUUUCAUUAUGGACAUGUUACCUUUUUUUUUUUUUUUUUUUUUUUUUCUUCUGAAUUUGCCAUUAGUUGCAGCCAUGCAGGCAGCAUUUUUGUUUAUCUUGUAUUGGGUUUGAACCAUCUAGCUUGAAGUUUUAAACAUGAGAUUGUUUUUCACUCAUCUUUCUGUAAUUUUAUCUUUGAUUUCUCCUGUA